AUGGGCGACGCCUCAGUCUUCAAAUAUCCCUCUCCCUUGACCGGGUACGAGAAUGCCCCACCACUGCCAGAUGAGAAGGCAGCAGAUGGGAAGAGUUAUGUCAAUCCUCAGUCAGAAAAGCUCAGCGAGGCGUACGAGAAGUUUAUAGACCCAUUGGAUCGAAGUGAGCGUGGUGGCUUUGACAUUCAUAUCUACUACCUACAAACGAACGAAACGCAGGUCAAGUACGCCAAGGAACUGUGGGAGCGAAUUCGAAGAGAGUUCCCCGAACUACGAAUCUACAAGCUUUGGGAGGGACCAAUCGGACCUCAUCCUAUCGCCAUGUUUGAAGUUAAUGUAUUCUCACCCGCUCAAUUUGGUGCUUUCGUCGCGUGGCUUGCUAUCUGGAGAGGUCCCCUGUCGGCGCUUGUCCACCCUAAUGUGAUCCCCGAAAAGGGCGUGAACCGCUGGGCGUCGAUGAAGAGGGAUCACCUAGAGAGGGCGAUUUGGAUGGGCGAGAGGCUUCCACUAGAUGCUAGUCUUUUUAACAGGGAGGACUAA